CGCGAGCCAAGUGCGCUGCUCACGGGAGAACGGGGAAACGAACAAAGCGCGGCGGGCUUUUAUCGCGCGUGACGAACGGAGACUUCCGAAUUAAAUGUCUCGGACGGUCAAUUAUCGAUCGGCUGGUAAAUUGAAAUGAGAGCGCAGCCAGAUGUGACGUCGUCCGGACAGGAAACCAUCAUGGAGAAUCGGAGGCUCUCCAUGCUGUUUGGAAAAUCCAGCGCGAGCUGGAAAUUCGAGGAGAAAACUCGAGCCUUGCUCCCAGCAAAUUAUUGCGCACGAGAAGAUAAUCGCGAGGUCGUUCGAUUAAUUCGGGUUUGCAAUCGCGGGGCUUUUCGCCGAGGCGAUUAUUUCCGACCGCGUGGCGGUUGAUGUUUGUUCGCGAUGCGUUGGCCGGCCGGCCGGGGGUUCAAAAGAGCGGCCGAUGGCCGGUGGAGGGAUUUAACGACGAAAGGAGGGGACGGUCGGGGCUCGCUCGGUGAUCGAAGGUGCACUACGCCCGGCCGAGUUGGUACUCGCGACCACCACCAGACUCCGAAUCGGUACCAGAGGAGAACUUGUCUCGCUACUCCACUCGUCGUGACCGACACGGGCAAGAAGCAGCAACGGGGAGAUACCUGAAGCGACGGUGGUCGGCUGAAAUACUCAACUGGUCGGAUGAGUCGGCUGUGAUCGGAGCGAGACGAGGGAUCGCUCGAUCGUCGAAGAAGAUUGGGGAGAGGCGCGAUUCGGUUUUGGGUGUGGGCCGUGUUUGCUGGCCAAGAGACAGCCAAGCCAGGAGAGGCCGGUGUUAGAGUCGAAAGAGACGUUGGCGGCGAUGCUGCUUCGCGCGCCGUGUAUCCUUUCUCUCAUCCUUACGGUGUGCUGUUGGUUGCGUGAUAAUGCCGCGACAAUCCCGUUGGCCUCUGAUUUGUCGGUCGCGAGUCAGAUGCGGAAUGUGUUCGAGGAGGAGAAAGUAGAGCCUCAGGAUCACUGGCAUGAUCACGCCGCGUCGCGUCUUCGUGCGAGGAGAAAUGUGCAGCCAAGGAGUGACUCGGUCAGCGACGAAGCGCUCUCCUCGGAGGACGGAGAGUCGCCGCAGGACAAAGUAAGGGUAGAAAACAAGAUCGUCAACAUGAACGUCCUCAGUCAUCACAGCGGCCGGAGUAAGCCUCGGAGGAUCCUCGCGCCGGACACCACGACGCACAAGCCGAAGGAGGACUUGCUCGAGGAGGCGAAGGAGGAGGACCGCAGCUGCGCGAGCGGCAAGAAGGAGAACCAGAGGUACUCGAGCAGCUUCGUCGGGAACACGACGAGCCAGCGGGUCGACAAGGCGUUCGACAAGGAGUUCGACGAUGUGAUCGGUAACAAUUCCAAGGCGAGGACCACCAGCAGCGUGCACGUCGGCGAGGACAUCACUCUGUGCUGGAUCGAGACGACGACGAUCAAGGAGGGCAAGAACGCGCGGCCGCCGAAGAGGCUGGUGAUUCGCGAGUACACCAUCUCCUUCGAGAACUCGGCGACCAUACCGGAGCGGUAUCUCGAGUGCGAGAGGCUCGACGGCGAAGUGACGGCGAACGACCCCGAGAUCGGCAGGACCGCCUUGUUCGAGGUCAUAGACGAGGACACCAAGGCGAGCAUGGUAGUCAACUUCACCACGGUCAGCAACGUCGGCGACGUGCUCGUCUGGCAGCACAGGAGGGUGAAGUGCGGCGUCGGGCCGGUGGUCAACAAGAACAUCAUCGAGUGGAAUGACGGCUCGGAGAACCCGAAGAAGAGGGUGGAGAUCAAAGUGAGCCCCAAGAUGCAUCAGGCGACGGCGAAGAAGCCCGAUCAGGAACCGCCCUGCACUGAGGAGGCCAGCGAAGAGAGCAGCGCGGAGUCCAAUCGCACGAGCGAGUCGACCGCCGCCGAGUCCUGCGAGAGCACCGCCGCGGAGAGCGGCGCCUGCGGGACGACCACGCGGCCCGCCGACCUGAGCGACGACAACGUCGGCAGCAGCGAAAGCGGCAGCGAGGAGGAGGAGGCGUUGUCUCUGCCCUCCGGCCACAAGACCCCAACGUUGUCCUACGAAGCGACGAUCUCGAGGCUGACGAGCACCACCGAAGCGAUUCCCGGGAAGAAGGGCGAGUCGAUGUCCUCCGGCAAGGAGUGCGAGGAGGAAGACUCGGCGGGCCCGAAGAAGUGCACGACGCGAGGAAGCGCCGUUGGGUCUUCCUCCGAGGAGCUGUCUGUCGAGUCGUCGACCGUCGAGGACAAGUCGCCGACAAAGGAGCCAGCUGGCGAACCUCCGACCGCUUCCAAUGAGAGAGGCAUCGCGUCGACGAUUCCCGAGUCGGUGAGCGAACGAACGACUCCGCUGGUGUUCGAGAAAGAUCUCUCUGAGAUUGAGUCUGAGGAAUCCUCGGCUUCCGCCGAUUCCGUCAUUGGCUCAUCCGACCGGACGAGGGAGUCUGAUGUCUCCACGGACGCGGAAGUGGAGACUUCCUCGGAAGAGCUCGUCGACAGUGACAAUUCCAUGACGAGCGAGGAGAUUGGAAUUGUAAGCUCGGGUGAAGCUGCCUCAGAGGAAACGCUCACGAGCACGUUACCGACGCUCGAACUGACCAAGUUCAUCAAGAGCAUACUGAAACUCGACGGAAGCCCGACCGAAUCGUCAUCGAUCGAAACGGAACCGUCUUCUGGCUCCGAGCAGGUGUCUUCGUCUGAAGAGAGCGAACAGACUGUGACGAUCGAGACCGUCGGGAGAGCGACGACGAUGGAGCCGGAGGUCAUCAGCAAGGUAGAGCUGGUCCCGGUGAUCUCCACGACGACGCCGACGUCGGUGCCGAGAUUCCCGCCGUUGGCGUUGUCGCCGGCGCCGGCGCCGAGCAGCGAAGCCGAUUACACCUGCGAGAAUUCCGAGGUCUGCGCGCGUGUCACCAGCUCGGCAGUCUGCGACGGGACCGACGGCGAUUGCCCCACGACCAGCAGACCCUGCGAGUCUGGCGAGUGCUUGGACGAAGAGGUCGACUACUCGGACUCAGGGAUGACGCCGCCGGUGGAUGACGUGCGAGCGACCGAAGCCGCGAGCACCACGAUGAGCGCGCUGACCUCCCAGGAGGUCGAGAACGUUUCGGCAGCGAUCAACAGUGUCCCCACCACCGUGGAGGCUCGAAGGAGCACGCCCUUGUCGUCCUUGACCACCACGAGCAAGCCGCGGCACAAGUUCACGCUGAAGGUGAAGAUCCUGCUGGAGUACGUGAACGACAAGAAGGAGAAGCAGAACCUGGUCGAGGUGGAGAAGAAGCUGCUGCUGAACGAGAACCCGGCGCACCUCCGGCGGAGGGUGACGGACGAGCUGCUCAAGCAGCUCAAGACCCUGAACGAUUCCGUCAAUCUGGAGACCAUGAGCGCGUUGAUGAACUGCACCAGCCUGAGCAAGCUGACGAAGGACGCGGCUUUCGUCAGGGCGGAGCCUGCUGACGACGUAGCCGAAGACAGCGGGGGCCUCGAAGGGUCCGGCCGAGCCGGGGACUCGCUCUCGCGACUCAGUUCCACGCCUGUGCGCGUUAGACACGCAGAGGACUCGCAGUAUCCAGAGCUCUCCCGAAGACGAAGACGAAGACGAAGAAGGAAUGCGGACGCGAACCUCACGCUGGCAGACGCGAACGACACGUCGACAAACGCGAGCGGACUCGAGCGGAUUGCUGACCUUAAUGAUCGCCUCGACCUUAAUGGCUCCUCCACGUUAGAUUCGAAUAGCUCCAUCUUGCAAGCUGAGCAGCGGUACGACGACGAGGUCGGUCUUCCGACGGAGGAGGACGUGCAGCUCGCCACGACGACGCUCGCGGAGGAGACGACCAACGUAACGUACGCGGAAAACGGAGGAAACGGAGUGAGCAGCACGCGGAAGAACGAGAGCGAAGCGAUGGCGGAAGCAACGAGCUUGAGCAACGAGACGAAGAUGGAGGUUAUACGGGAGACCUUGCCGGGGAUAAAGGAGGACCUCUCGACCGGGCUGAAGCAUGUGAUGUCGGAGUUGACGAGUGGCAAUCUGACGUUGGUCAAGGACGAUAGAGAGCUGGCUAAAGUCAGCCUGAUGGGUAUCCUGGCGAAUCCCAUGGACGGCAGGAUCCACUCGAGGAGGAGACGAGAGGCCAUCGAGGAGGUUGGACGCUGGUCGAACGAGAGGGUCAGCAAGGCGCCAAGCUUGGGCGGCAGUCUGCGAAGUUUCACCGAGUUCACACUGUACAAAGUUUCGCUUUGAGCGGACGUGCUCGCCGGGGUUUAUCUUAUCGCUUGUUUCUUUGACGCUAGAGAGAGAUAAUAAAUGAAAUCCUAAUGAAAUCGAGAGGAGACGAGGGGUCGGUACGUAUGUUAGAAAUUUCGCCGCAAUUUUCUUACGUUUGUUUAAUCGCGACAGACUUGUCGCGAUCUGCUGAAUUCGCUAGUCGAGAGGUAUCGAGAGAACUCGAGAAGAUAUUGGGGACAAAAAGAUGUGAGAGAGAUGUCGAAGGUUCCGGAGGCAAGCAAGCGGUCUAGGUAAACUUUCGCUAUACUUUUCACGUUUAUUCAGUCGUAGUCGUCGUGUAGAUUCGUAGUCAGGAAGAAUCUCGCUAUUCACUGAGCUUGCUUCUCGAGAUGAGCAUGUACGACAAAGGAGAAGAAAACGAAAAAGCGAUACAGCGGGAAUCUCAGCGGGAGAAUUAAAUUUUGUUUCAUCAGAGA